AUGAAGCCGCUGUUCCCAGCGGCCUUACACAAAAAUUGGCUGAAGUCCAAGGGGUUUACUCUUAUCCCCAAACAGAAAAAGAGGAAAGCACAAGCGGCAGCGCCCCCUCCACCAAAAAGAAAGAUGAGAUUUGUGAGGGGGGAAAUCAUCAGAGAAGAUGUGACACCUCAUACCGAGCCCGACUCUGAGAGAACAGUCUCCAAUGAAGCUCCCAACGAUAAGGAAGAGGAAGCCCUCCGCGUCGCUCGGGAGAUUGAGGAAAAUCUAUUUGGGGCUGAAGCGGCCAAGAGCAAUAAGGGAGGAAACGCGCCGCGAGCGGCCGCUGGAGAAAAAAGGUCAAAGAAGCAAGAAGACCCUGCUCCACCUCCUGUCAAGAAGCCAAGGGUCAAAGAAGCAUUGCGAAAAAAUCCAACACCCCCUCGGCGAGCGACGAGGCAGGAGAAAGAGAAGGGGAAAUCGGUGGAUGUAGAAUCAAGCGAGGAAACGAUUCCCCUCUCCAGGCUACGGAAGAGGAUCAUCAUCAGAGAACCCACCGCCCAACCCGAGAGACCUUCGCCGGCACGGCCAGCGACGGAGGAGGUGUCACCAAGGCUGCCAAGCCCACCUGACGAUGAACCUGUUCCCUUCGACCAACAGGGGGCAGGAGAGCCAACUGCUGUUGGAACAGGCAAGGAAACCACACCCGUUAACCAGCCGGGAGCGGUGGAGCCUACUGCUGCUGGAGCAGAGGAGGAGCGGGAGACUGUACUGACCGAAGAAACUAUUGGCGGGAUCGAUGUCACCGUGGAGUCAUACAGAGAAUAUCCCGCCGAGGUCCCCGCUGCCACAACCGCUGAAGCUGCCAAUGAAGCUGAGGAGGUGGAGGCAGUGAUUUUAAAUCUUCCUAUCUUGCAGGUAUCCCUGAGCAGCCCAGGAACACCUACCAUGAUCGGGACACCUGCAAAAAUUCUGACUCCUGUCUCAACCAAAUCUGAUAAAACACUUAUAGAGGAGGAGGAGGAGGAACAUGAUAGGAAAUUUCAAGAACAGAAAGCUCAGCUGCUUGCCGCAGUACAACGGAUCGAACGAAUGCAGCAGCUCGAGCGAGAAAGAAAAAGGAAAAUGAAGGUGCUGGUCUAG